AAGUUACUUUACGGCUGUCGCACUGUGUUGUCGUGAGUUUGAGCAAGCGCGGUCACAUCAAACCAAGAUUCCGACUUCUCUGGUCUGGCUCAGCAGCUGAUAGAAGAGCUUCCUUCCAGGCUUACAGCGGGAAAAACGGUGACGUUUGAGACGUUCCUGGGCAUUGAGGAGAGCCGAGACUGUUCAGGACCUUGCGAAGGCUGUGUGGGGCUGGAAUCGAUUCCGACCCUACAAACGGCUGCGCUAGUUAGACACUGAGCUAGGGGCUGGAACUGCAAAGACAAAAAAAGAACGGGAGGUAGAAAUAAUACUUAGACGAGUAAUUAGACGAUGAAGGGAGGAGGAAGCACCCACCAUUGGAAGGUAUCAGGAGAAACUUCCUUAGGAGGGAUCAUCUGAGCCGAGCCUUGAAGGAAGAAGUUAGGACUUGUAAGACUCGAGCUUUUCUAUCUCCUUUCGGUUUGGGGGAGGGAUGUAGAGACGGGUGGUGGCUAAGGCAAACAGCCAGUGGCUAAUCCCAGUUUAAAUUUGGACCAUCCAGUGGAAAUAACCUUAUGUGAAACAGAAAAUGCCCCUUUCUACACAAUUUGAAGGUGGGAAUAGCCAGUGCAUUUUAGUUGCCAUCCUUGACAAUGUAAGGAAUUUUUCAAAUAUAUUAAAAGCCAUUCAUUUCAGAGACCAUGCAACCUGUUUUGCAACAACAAAUGGAAUCAAGGUUACAGUAGAAAAUGCAAAAUGUCUGCAAGCAAAUGCAUUCAUUCAGGCUGGAAUAUUUCAAGAGUUUAUUGUUCGGGAAGAAUCUAUAACAUUUCGGAUCAAUUUAACGGUCCUUCUAGACUGCUUGACUAUUUUUGGUUCAACUCCUUUGCCAGGAACUUCAACCGCACUUAAGAUGUGUUAUCAAGGUUAUGGGAACCCUUUGACACUCUUUCUAGAAGAAGGUGGAGUAGUGACAGUGUGCAAAAUUAAUACCCAAGAGCCUGAAGAUACACUGGAUUUUGAUUUCUGCAGCACAAAUGUUAUUAAUAAGAUUAUUCUUCAGUCAGAAGGCCUGCGUGAAGCCUUUGCUGAAUUAGACAUGAGCAGUGAGGUCCUGCAAAUUACCAUGUCACCAGAAAAACCUUAUUUCAGGUUAUCCACUUUUGGAAAUUCGGGAAGCUCACACCUUGACUAUCCCAAAGAUUCUGAUUUGAUGGAAGCAUUUCAUUGUAAUCAGACCCAAACUAACAGAUACAAGAUUUCUUUGCUGAAACCAUCUACAAAGGCUUUAGCCCUAUCAUGUAAGGUGUCUAUUCGCACUGAUAACCGGGGAUUCCUCUCUUUACAGUAUAUGAUUAAGAAUGAAGAUGGACAGAUAUGUUUUGUGGAAUAUUACUGUUGCCCUGAUGAGGAUGUUAAUGAUUCAGAGCCCUAAUAAUGUCUGGGCAUCUCCUUUCUCACACAUAGUCUAGCCUUUAAUUUUGUUUCCCUUUGUACAGUACUAUUGCUCACCUAUUGUGGGAAUUCCCAAGGACAGGACAAAAAUUUAGGAUUGGGAAAUUGAUAACAAGUGGCAGGACAGUAUAACCUCUAUAGAUACAUUAUUUUCCCACAAAGAUGAGUCUUCAAAAAGCUGUCAUUUAACCAUUUUAAGUUCAUGAGAGAGUAUAAGCAAUAAUAAACAUUGAUCCAAACAAUGAUAUUUCAAAAUAGGAGUCUCUGAGAAAUCCAGAAUCUGAAGCAUAAAUAUUACCAUUUCUGAAAUGUUGUUUAUUAUUAUAGUGAGCAAAUUCAUGUUUAUGGCAAGCCUAUUUAUCCAAGAUUAAUUUGAAUUGGACAAAAUACUUUUUAAGGAAUGCUCUAUAUAUUUAAAAAUAAUAUAAAAUAAUGAUGCACUUGUUUACCUGAAUUUGUCAUAGGUGGAACUGGACUAUCUAUGGGGCUUGAGAAUGAUAAUUAGCACUCAAAAAAGUCUUUAAAAUAAAUAUAAAAAUUCUCUGAACAA